UGAAGGUCAUAGUCUUGUCUAAACACGCAUUUAAAUUUUUCCAAAUAUUUUUUAAUUUGUUUUAAUGGUAUAAUGCCGACAACAAGGAAAAAGGUUAUAAAAACAGUUUACAAAAAUGAAGAUAGUGAAAAUGAAGGAGGUGAUUUUAGUGAUUCCGGUUCGGAAGCAGUUAUAACUGAUCAAAGCAGUUCAGAUGAAGAGGAAGAGGAUUGCCGUCAUUCCUCAGAAGAUGAUUUUCAAACUAAAAAACCGAAAACAAAAUAUCGAUCAACAUCGUUUAAAAAGUCUAACACUGUUAAGAAAACAAACUUUACUAAAUCUAUUAUCCACAAAAUAAAUAAACAACACGAACUAGAUAUUGAAGAAAAUGUUGAUGUAUCACCAGCGCUUUUUUCUGUCAAAGAUCUAACCGAUACCGAUAAACUUUUACCUGUUUUGAAUCUCUCAGAAAGUGACAGCAGUGAUGAUGAAUCACCAACAGUUUCAAAACAAAAUAAUGUACCGAGUUUCACCUCCGUCAAAACAAAUGAAUCUGAUGAUGAUGCAGAUGAAAAAAUAGAAUAUAAGGAUGUAUGGUCAAAUAAUAUACAAAAUGAUAGUGCCGAGAUUGCGAAGAAAACUUUUCAAGAACUUGAACAACAUAAAUUAAAAAUCGAAGAAACAAAAUUAUCAGUUCAAAAAUAUACAACUAAAAAUGAUAAAAUCAAUGAAUCUGAUGUAAAAGAUUUACUUGCUCUGGGUGAAGAAGAAGUACCAAUAGAAAUUAUUACGAAAAAGAAAAAAAAAAAAACUAGACAAGACAGUGAUUCAGAAAUUGAAGACUGGGAAGAAGUUAAGGAAGCCAACAAUAUCCCGCAACAAGGCUUGCAGCUCGUAGUGGAUAUUCCUAAUGAUAUUUGUAGGAGAACAAAAAAACUGGAUGUUGAAAUGAUGAUGAAGAGAAAAAUUAACAGAGUUAAGAAAGAAUAUCAGGUUUAUAUGCAUAAAGUCCACGUUUUGUGUUGGUUAGGGCAUGGUAACUAUGUUAGUCAAGUUCUAAAUGAUCCAACAGUUCUGGCAGCUGCAUUAUCUGUAGUUCCAUCAAAAGACUCUUACCCUGGAGACAGAGUGGAUAUGAAAUAUUUAGAACAAAUUACAACAUGGUUCAAUGAUAAGAUGACAUUAAAUCAAGACAAAAGUGAAAACAAGUUUAAACCUAAAUUGCCGCCUUUGAAGAGUAUCUUGCUGCAACAAAUUAAGAGUAGAGUUUUUACUACUAAAAAAUAUAUGGUUUUUGUUUUUGUUUCUAUGUUAAGAAGCCUUGGAUUGCAGUGUCGAGUUAUGUUUAACUUUGUUACUCUACCAAUUAAACCACCCACUUCUGAGCUUUGUUCAUUAUCCACAAAAGAAAAAGAAGGUAAGAGUGAAAAAAAUAAAGAAGCAAAAACAAAACAAGAGGAACGAAAAGAUUCAGAUAAGUCAAAAAAUACAUUAAAACAUAAAAAAGAAAAAAUACCUCAACUUGAUGGUAACUAUGAUUCCUCCAGUGAAGUUGAUAAUAUAAUGCAGGUAGAUGGUGGGGAUGAUAAUAAAGUUUCUGUAAAAACAAGACGACAAAAGACCUUGGCCACAAAAAAAUGCAGCAACACAAAUAUAGAUGAAGAAAAUGUUUCACCUCCUAAAAGAACACGAAGAAAUCUAACUACACAGGGAGAAAAAGGAAAUGAUACCUCAACUUCCAUUAAAAAACUAACAGCAAAUAAUUUGAAGACACUUCCAGAUAAAAUAUGUACAACAAGUAAAGCCAUUGAAGGUAAAAAUGUUAAGCCCGCUGAAACUACACGCAAGUCAUUAAGUUUGAAUCGUUUAGAACCUCGAAAAACUGCAGAACCUAAAAAGGAAGAACAAAAAAGUGUCCCCAUAAGUUCCCGAAGAACAAGAAGCAAUAAAAGUGUAUCUAAUCAAAUUCAAUCUGCAACAAAUAAACAGCAGUUGACUAAUGAACCUAAUGAGCCAGCAUUGAAAAAUAAAUCCAAAAAAGGUCCAAAAAUUGUAAUUACAAGUGAAAAUAAUGAUAAUGUUUCAAGUGAAUAUUUUGGUAUUGUGACAAAAAAAGAGACAGCACCACUUGGUAGAAAACGUUCAAGAACAUCAGAACCUAAAACAUCUAAAGACAAUAAUGAUCAGCAAACAAUUAAAAAAACCCGAACAAGAAGUGUUCAUUCUACCACUGAUAACAAAAGUAAAUAUUUUAAUAGUGACUCAAAAAAUCAAGUUCAGGUAAGUGCAGGUUCUAUAAUGAGGUCCCGGACUAUUAAGCAGACAGAUAGUAGUUCAGAAGACGAUAAAAGAGUCAGCCAUAAAGACAUAGCAAAAAAAAAAGCAAAACCUAAAAAUGAUGUAACAAAUGACCUUAUUCAUAUUAUCAAGGGAAGAGUUCAGGAAACAAAAAUUGAAGGAAAGAAAGCAAAGAUCAAACAAGAAUUUGAUGAAGACAGUGAUUAUUUAGCUGUAGAGUCCCCAAAAAGUAAAGCAGGAAGCGACGAUGACUUUAAACCUACUAAAACCAUUUCAAAACCUAAAACGAAUGUGAAAAAAAUUGAUCGUCGUGUCAUAUCUACUGAUGAUGAACUACCAUUAAAUAAAAUUGAUGUGUGGUGUGAAAUAUACGUAGAAGAAUUAGAAGAAUGGGUUCCAGUUGAUGUUAUAAAAGGCAAAGUACAUUGUGUUAAUGAACUAUAUAAUCGAUCAACACAUCCUGUGAAAUACAUUGUUGGAUGGGAUAACAAUAAUUAUUUAAAAGAUUUGACACGAAGAUAUGUGCCACAUUGGAAUACCAUAACUCGUAAACAGCGCGUUGAUUCUGCUUGGUGGGAUGAGUCUAUUAAGCCUUGGGUUGGACCAAAAACAGCUAGGGAUAAAGAAGAAGAUGAAAGGUUGAACAGGAUGUUACUAGAAGCACCUUUACCUAAAAGUAUUUCAGAAUAUAAAAAUCAUCCAUUGUACGCGUUAAAGCGACAUUUGCUUAAAUUUGAAGCAAUUUACCCCCGUGAUGCAGCUGUCAUAGGGUUUGUGAGAAGCGAGCCUGUGUAUGCCCGAGAUUGCGUCUACGUUUGCAAGUCUCGUGAGAUUUGGCUCAAGGAUGCAAAAGUUGUGAAACUCGGCGAAGAACCAUACAAAAUUGUCAAAGCGCGCCCAAAAUGGGACAAACUGUCGAAUAAGAUGAUAACAGGAAAAGCACUCGAAAUAUUUGGACCCUGGCAAGUGCAAGAUUAUGAACCACCAACAGCUGAAAAUGGAAUUGUACCUCGAAAUCCAUAUGGAAAUGUUGAAUUGUUCAAAGAAUGUAUGCUACCAAAGGGAACAGUUCUUAUAAAGUUACAUGGUUUAAAUCGAGUAGCCAAGAAAUUAAACAUAGAUUGUGCUCCAGCUAUGACAGGAUUUGAUUACAAUGGUGGCUAUUGUCAUCCUGUAUUUGAUGGUUUUGUUGUUUGUAAGGAAUUUGAAGAUAUUAUUACAGAAGCAUGGCUCAAGGACCAAGAAGAACAAGAACGAAAAGAAGAAGAAAAAAUAGAUACUCGAGUCUAUGGUAAUUGGAGAAAACUUAUAAGAGGUCUACUCAUAAAAGAAAGGCUGAAAGCUAAAUAUGGUUUCGAAGAGCCCAGCACAUCUAAAGACAAAAUAAAAGCUAAGGGUCCAAGACUCGUUGUAAAGAAAAAAUAAUUAAAUAUAAGUUGAUAUUAGGUUAAAUAGUCUGUAAAUAGUAUUAAUGCCAUUAUUAUUGAAUCCACCUAUUUUCUAUGAAACAAUACAAACAAAACAAGGGAAUAUUUUUUAAAGUUUUGACCUAAUUAUUUGAGCUUUAAAUUACAUGUUAUUUUUUAUGAGGUGUAAUCUCUUACUUCAAUCAACAAAUAAUUCAUUGUCACUGGAGCGUUCAGCGUCUAUAUUGGCUAGCUUAUAAAGCUACAGAUGCAGAGGUUCUAGAAUGUAAACCGCUGGUCGGUAUAAUGAAAAAUUAU